GGUCUAAAUUGUGCAAAGACCCCUGUUGGCUCUGCCAGCAACCAGGCUGGUGCUCUGUGCCAGGCAGCAAUGCCCAGGUCAAAGCCUCUUGUCCACUGGCCACAUGUCCCUUUUGAAUGGCUGGCAGUGCUGCUCUGGGAAGCCACUGGGUCCCCCCUGGAUGAGUGUGGCAACUUUGCGCACAGCUCUUGCUCUCUUCCUUGCACUGGUGCUUUGCUACCAGCCCUGUCAGGCUCCCAAGGGCUCUGCCUCAUGACAGAUAACCUCCCUGCUCCACACUCAUCCCUCUUCCUCUCUGGCUGGCACACUACAGCUCCAACAGCAACAGAUCCUUUUGCAGGCUGCAGCCCAGCAUGUGGCACUGCUGCUGCAUUGCCCAGCCAGGGACCCGUCCUCAGUCGCCAUCCUGCUCUGUUGCCUCCAGACUGAGACCAUGGUCUGUUAAUCCUGGUUUCCCCCUGGAUGUGCUAAUAGGAAUGGAACCAGCAGGUAAGCCAAGUCUCUAACCCAAGCCCACCAGGCCAGGCUGUGUUUUUCCGCAUCAGGCUCUGGUGGCCCAAGGAACACAGCAUUUCUGCCCCAGUGCCUGGGACACGCUCCCUCUCUGCAGGUCAUUUGGCUUUGGGUAUUUCUUGGGUGUUGAAGCGUGGUGCCCUUCCCCAGGCAAAGAAAUAGAGGAAAGCUGUGCCUGGCAUAGGUCCAGAUCCAGGUGCUGGGAGAUCUUGGCAAAAGCACAGGGCCUUGCCUGUUUUCUGAGCAAUGAGGAGACCUUGGCAGGAGCAGGGCAGAGAGUGGAAGAGCACUGGCUGGGCUUUCCCAGAGACAAAGCUCUCUGAGUCCUGACUUAGAGCACCAGGAUGGACUGAAACGCUGUCCAAAAAAAAAAAAAAAAAAAAAAAAAUCAGCAUCACGUGGGCUUAGGAGGAGCCAAACCCUUGGUGUGGGCACAUGGAGCCCCAUGUGCUGUGUCCUCAUGGAUGGUACCUCUGCUGCUUAGCUGAGCUGGUGAAGCCCUGGGCUUGGCUCUGUCCCAUCCACAUGGCCAGAAUUAGGGCUCUGGCAAUGCCUGGCUCAAGGAGAGGAGAAGGCAGAGGUGACCAGGUGCUUUCUCCCUGUGCCUCCUUGGAGUGCAGGAGGCGAUGGCUGCAGGGUUGCUGUUGUGCUCUGUAGGGAGGUGGUGGGCUCCCUUGGUGCUGUCAGAGACUGAGCUCUGCUGUGAGCUGGAUGGGCUCUCAGCAGGGAGGAACUGCCCUGAAGGCACUUGGCACAGGAGAAGCUCCCUGGGAUACAGCCCCUUGCGUCUGGAGGAGGGUCAGCCCAGCUGUUGCCCAUUCCAGGCUGAUGGGCAUUUCUCCAGGAGGAUGUUCAGGGAGAUUUUAGGGUAUACUUGAAGACACUUUGGGUGGUACUUUCCUGUCCCUGCCAUGGGGCUGGCCUUUUCCAGUACGAUGUUUCAAGCAAUGGUGUCUGGGUUUGGCAAAAGGUGAUGCAGCCCCUUGUUCUAGCCAUGUGUUCUGGUGGCUGCUGCUGGCAGCAGCUGAUGACUGGUGUUGAGAGCUCAGCUGGGAUGGAUUUGUGGUGCUAGCAGGUCAGCCUGUCCUUAUAUAUCCAUUCUCCUGAAAGGCAGCUGCUGCUGGGGAGAAAAUGGCUGUGACUUCAGAGGGUCAUGGAGAAGAGAAUGAAAGGACACUGGUGAACUUUGUUUGUUCUGGCAUGGACACAUUCUUUCUUCCACUGGACCAGGGUGAUUCUUGCUGUUGGUUGCUGAUUUUGGUUCCCAGUGGUUGAUAGUGCCACACAAGUUAUGGUACAAGUCUCCCUCAGGGAUGGAGGAGGGAAAGAGCAGCCUUCCAGGCAGGCAGUGCACAGCAUGCUACCACUUCAGUAUCCACCCACAACUGAGGGCAUUCACUUGCUUUCAUAUCUGCUUUGGUGCAGGCCUCAUGGGAUGCCAGGAGGAGCUGGUCUUUACAAAAAGCUUUUGUUGAGGUUUUGGCCCCAUGGUUUGCUGUGCUGCAGCACUGAUUUGCCUUGCUGCAACUGCUCCUUGGGUGCGGCUGUAUUGAAUCUCAACAAGUCCUGUUCUGGCUGGGGAAGGGCUGGCAGUGGCUCUUGAGCUGUCCAGCUCAAAAGGACAGCUGGUCAUGACAGCCUGUAAUUACAAAUCUUAUUGGAAAUGUAGUGAAAGAACAGCCUGUUUUCUGGGGCAGGUGAGGUCAGGCAGCAAGCACAGCUGAUGCUGGCUUCCCUUGUGCAAGUUCAGGGAUGCAGAUUUUGCCAGGAUGCUAGAAGGGGAUUGCACUUGAGUGUUGCUGCCUCUGAGCAUCCAUUUGGGGGUUUUGUUCAUCUGCCUGGCCCUGCUGUUUCCAGCCUUCAGAGCAGUACUCACUGCUGGCUUGGGGUGCUCAGACAGUGACUUCCCACUGGAUGGGUGCUGCAGUGACCCUUCAUUUGAGGGAUGUAUGAGGAGGGAGGUAGGGAAGGAAUGAUCCGCAGGGAUAGGCAUGAUUUCCUUCUUUAGCUGGAGGUCCCUGGGCUGGUGAAGCCCAUGAGCUGCCUCUGCCGCAGAGGUGUUGAGGGUGGAGGUACCCAGGGGCUCCUGCACACUCUGAAGGUGUUGCACCAUGAGCUGCUGCUUCAGCUGACUCUUCUCCACGCCCUCCUACAGGCAUCAAAGCUGCAGUACCCGUGGAUUAUGACCACAGGGGAGCUGUGUUGCAUCUGCAAAUCUCUGUUGUGCAUCAAGGGCACAUCUGAACAGGGCCAGAAAGUGUCCUGUACUGUGGGUGGAAGGGGGAGGAGGUGAACAUGAGACCAGGAGCUAGCUGGAGGCCCAGAGGUUGCUGCAGUGUCUUGGAAAGCAAGGCAUGAAAUGGUCGCCAGAAAGAAAGAGGAAUCUGUUCCUAUGCACAGGGUUUCAUACAGGAUGGCAUGCAAAAGGGAUUUAAAAUCCAGCCAGAACCACUGUGGACACUGAAGAGCUGGAGAGGACGCUGCAGAGGUCUGGAGGCACACCGUGAUGGUGGGAGCCAUUCCACGGCAGCCACGCCGCUUCUGGGGGGUGCCUGACUGGCAGGUGUCUUCAGCUAAUUGUGCCAACGACCGCCUGCUGCAGAGCAGGGAGGCUAAUCCAGAGCAGAGCAGGGUCCUGCUGCAGAGGGAUGCUGUGCUGCAGAGCAGCUCAUGGUAGAGUGCUCACAGAGAGAUCCUGAAUAGAGAGGGCCUGGCUCCCACCCUCUGCCCUUGCACCCUGACCUGUGGCACUUUACAGUCCCCCUCCUGCUGCUGCAUGGGCUCUGCUUGGAGUCCCAGCAAGUGAGGCUCCAUGCGGCACAUCCACACAGAGACGUCUCUGCCCCCGGAGCGCAGCACAGACCCCAGCCUGUCCCGGCCCAGUGGGGAGACACCCUUGGAGCCUUCCUCACAGUGCUGCACCCACCGCAGCAUCCUCAUGGGCUACAAUGAGACAGAGAUCAAGCGCCAGAAGGUUUACCAGGUGUCCAUCUUCUCCCAUCUCUCCAGCUCCUCUGAGAACACGGAGCAGCGGGCAGGCACCCGGCCAGCUGUCAAGAGGGGAUACCCUGAGCAGCGAACUCCAGAGGGGGGACGUGAUCCCAAACGAACUCACUGGGGUGACAGGGGGGUGGAUGGGGGCCCUGGGCAGCCUUCCCUGGAUGAUGAUGAUACCUUUGAGGAUGGUCUGCUGGUGGAGGAGCUCUCCCUUUGUGGCUCUGCCCAGCACUUCUCCCACAGUGGGCUGCGGGUGGUGGAGCACCGCUGUGAGGGUAGCCCUAGCCACAGCCCCAAGGCCAGCAGAGAGGGCAAGUCGCAGGAUAUCUCCUCCUCCUCCUCCUCCUCUUCCUUUUCCUCCUCCUCCUCCUCCUCCUGGCCCCAGCACAUUGCUUGCAGUACUUUGCACAUGAGAGACAGUUGCUCUGUCUCAUCAGGGGAUCAGCCCAUAGACUAUGGAGAGAAUGGGGAGCCGACAAGUGGCCACAAUGUACUUCACCUUGAAUUGCACAGUAUUGCACAAACAACCCAGUUGGACCCUGGUGGGAAGAGAGAGAAGCCAGGGAGCAGCCCAGCUCACACCAGCAGGGCUAGUGGAGAAGCAGAAGGGCCGGCGGUGGCCAAUGGGUGCAGGGAGUCCCCAGGUCCACAGACAGUGCUCAGCCCUGAGCCCAGCAACCUGAGCUCCCAAGAGAUGACGCCCUGUGGGAGCAGCCAGCUCAGCAGCACCUGCCCAGCCAAAAGAAAGUUGCUGCCUGCUGGUGAGGUUAUGGCCGACUCCUGCUCUGAGGAUGAGAGCCUGUCCCCACCAGCGAAGAAGAAGAGGGUCCUGCCAUGCCAUCCUGUGCCCACAGCCUGCCGCAGCACUGAUGCCAAGGGAGCUCCGUUCUGGAAUCACCUGCUUCCUGCAGCCAAGAGCUCAUCAGAUUGCACUGCAGUCGGUAGAAGGCUGAAGAGUGGGCUGCGCCUCAAAUCGCGACAUCUCCGGACCAGUCUCCGGAGGGGCACCAGGUCUCCCACAGCACCCUGGGCCACCACCACUGUCAGCCAUGCUCUGCUGGGCAACUUCGAGGAGUCCAUCCUGAAGGGGCGCUUUGCACCAUCAGGGAGGAUCGAGGGUUUCACGGCAGAGAUCGGUGCCAGUGGCUCCUACUGUCCCCAGCAUGUCACCCUGCCUGUCGACGUCACCUACUUCGACAUCUCUGAACACAGUGUGCCCUCGCCUUUCCUGGGAGUGAUUGACUUGGAGGCCUUGGGAAAGAAGGGUUACAGUGUCCCCAAAGCUGGAACCAUCCAAGUGACCUUAUUUAACCCCAACAAGACUGUGGUGAAGAUGUUCUUGGUGACAUACGACUUCCAGGACAUGCCGGCCAAUCACAUGACCUUCCUACGCCAUCGCAUCUUCCUGGUGCCCGUGGGGGAGGAGGAGGGGUCCACAGUGGCCCCCAGUGACCCACUGGGCACCAGCCCACCCCGCAGAGUCCUCUGCUACCUGAUGCAUCUGAGGUUUCACAGCUCCAAGUCGGGGAAGAUCUACCUUCAUGACGACAUUCGGCUGCUUUUCUCCCGCAAGUCAAUCGAGGUGGAUUCGGGGAUCCCCUACGAACUGAAAUCCUUCACAGAGAUGCCGCGGAACCCCUGCUACUCACCCCGGGCCUGACCUUCUUCACCACCCGCCCCCCAGGGCCACUGGGGAGCCUCCAGCCCAGCACUCUGGGGAGAAAUGAGUAAAGGGCCAGCAAGCACUGCUUAGAGAUAUCACCCACCCUCCUGACCAGCACAGACACCACGCUCUGCAGCAGCAGAUCCCAGGGGGCUUCACCAGGAGGGGCAGGGGCUGAGGAACAGCCCUGGGACUCCAGGGAUGUGCCCAAGCCUUCUGCUGGCACUGCUCCCAGCUUGGCUGUGGCUGAGGUGGGUGGGUGUGAAGAGUUGGACUGGAGCUGUGAGUAGGACCACCCACGCUCGUCCUGGGUUUGGGAGCAGAAAGUGUGGAAGAGUUUGUAUUUAUUAGUAUUUAUUGUUGCUGGGAGCGCAGAGGAAGCUUGUGCAGAGGAUCAGAGGUGCUGUGCUUGUCCUUCCCCCCAGCCCUGCCUGCACCAGACUGCCCGUGUUUGGGCAGGGCUGUGGGGAUUGUGAGGAUGACAAGGGACAGGGAUGCCUCAGCCCAUGGUAGGGAGUGAUCCAGUGCUCACACAGAGUGCAGCUCCCAGGUAAAGGGUUGUUAAAAGCCCUGUGACACGCCGAGCCUUGCUGGCACCAGCUUUGCAGAGGCAUCCCAACUCCAAGCAGCUUGGGGAGGCCCACACUUAUCUUCUGAGUCUUUUAGGGCAAGCCAGACCUCAAGAGGCCUAUGGCUGUCAAGGAAGUGGCCACUGCCAGGUUCCUGAAGGUAAGAGACACAGCUGCCACGUGGAUGGGGACCUGGGGCUCUUUGCAGGAAUAUGGGGAUAGCCCUCUGGGCAAGAGCCUCCAGAGCACGUGACCUGUGGAUCUGAGAAGAUUGCCAAAAAA